UUUUUAAUCUGCUUUGUCGCUGACGGCAAGAGUCCCUUGCGGAUAACCCGCUAUAUUUUCUUUCGAACUGUGUUAUUCUUCAUAAAAGAAGAAACCUCUUUAUUUUUUUCUGAUAUUUAAAAUUAUCCAACAAAAUUGCUUCCACAAUGACAGUGACGCGGGUGGCGGAGUCCCGCACCGAGUUUAAAUUAAAGAGCUUACCAGACGAUGCUAUAUCGAGCGUUAAAUUUGCUCCUAAAUCUAAUCAAUUCCUGCUGGUGUCCUCAUGGGACUGUUCAGUGAGACUGUACGAUGUCACAUCGAACACGGAGCGUCAUAAAUACAAUCAUGAACUACCUGUCCUGGACGUCUGUUUUCGGGAUGCUGUACAUACGUAUAGCGGGGGGUUAGAUCAGACUCUUAAAAUGUAUGAUUUGAAUGCAAGCAUGGAAACAUUACUGGGUGAACAUAAAGGUGCUAUCCGAUGUGUGGAGUUUGCAUCUGAAGUGAAUGCUGUUCUCACUGGCAGUUGGGAUGGCACUGUUAAAAUGUGGGACAGCCGUGUACCCAAUUGUGUUGGGACUUAUAACCAGGGAAAUGAGAGGGUGUACACAAUGAGCAUUGUGGGUGAGAAGUUUGUAGUGGGCACUUCUGGACGCAAGAUCUUUGUAUGGGACGUAAGGAACAUGGGACAUGUAAACCAAAGACGGGAAUCAUCUCUCAAGUACCAGACAAGGUGUAUCCGAGUGUUCCCCAACAAACAGGGCUAUGUUCUCAGCUCUAUCGAGGGUCGGGUGGCCGUAGAGUAUCUUGACAGUAAUCCAGAAGUUCAGAAGAAGAAAUAUGCAUUCAAGUGUCAUCGGAUCAAGGAUGGCGGUCUAGAAAAAAUCUACCCAGUUAAUGCAAUAAGCUUCCAUUCUGUGUACAAUACAUUUGCAACUGGAGGUUCAGAUGGCUAUGUCAAUAUCUGGGAUGGUUUCAACAAGAAGCGGCUGUGUCAAUUCCAUAGAUAUAACACAGCUGUGUCAUCUCUAAGCUUCUCCCACGAUGGAUCCGCAUUAGCCAUUGCUUGCUCUCAGCUUGAUGAGACACAAAUAGAGGACCCAAAACCAGAAGACACAAUCUACAUUAGAUAUGUGACAGACCAAGAAACUAAACCCAAAUGAGAAGUGGACUAUGCUCGGCUGACAAAUUAUUAAAUGGCUAAAUCCAGACAGUGUAGCUUAAGAUACGGGUGAUAUUUGACUCCUGAACACUGACUGACGAUUUCAACGAAUGAUUCAUUUCCAUGUUGAGCAGGAUAUUUUAAGAUUGUUGUGCUAAUGUGAAAUUUUUCUCUACUCAUAGGAUUCCAGUUUCUCCAAUUUAUUAUCAGAGCUUUUGCA